UGUCAAUAACUACACGUUUGUUUACAUUUUUCCAGAAAAGCGUUUAAACGUUGUUGUUUAUCGCUCCGUCUACAUAAUAUAUAAGAGAAGUUAACAUACAUUAUGGUGCUUCAUUCCGGGUUAUAAAACUUUUAAUGUUUAGUAUCCAAACGUGUACCAGUUACGUGCAUGGCUUACGUCGUUCCUGAAACAUUCCAGCCAUGUAAAGGUGCACGGAAAGAACUUCCAUCUGGUCUGAAGGAACUUGCAACACUUUCUGAAGUUCAAAUAAGCAGGGAUGUUAACUUCUUUGAAUUAUUUUUAUGCUGUACUCCUCGUCAAGCAUCAUUUACUGUCUCUACAUGUACGCCAACACCAGAAGAAAUCUUUUCCAUUAAAGAAUCUGGUAUGUGCAUGUUCCGGGAAUGUCUAGGAGGGGCGAGGAAUCUAAUGCUUCGGAUGAGCAAUAACGAAGACGAAGAUGUAGCGUUUUUUUCACGUUCUAUGACAUGUACACGUGGGUGUUGUGGAUCUUCCUGUUGUCCACCUAAUAUGGGGAUAAAUUCUCCGCCAUAUAUCAGGAUAGGAACUAUACAGGAAAGAGUAAAUUGUUGCUAUCCGAGGUUUGAUGCUAUAAAUUAUAAAGACAAUGAAAACUUGCUUACAUACCAUACUGACUGUUGUUACAUUAAAACAUGUGGACUUUGUUAUGAUCUAGAAAUAACUGUCCAUGAUUCCUGCACUGAAGAAUGUGUUGCUAAAAUAGUAAAGAAAUCAAAAUCCAAUUGUCGUGAAUGGUGUAAUCUUAAAAAUGAUUUUAUUGUACAUUAUUUAACAGAUUUGGACAUUGUUAAGAGACUAAUGGUGAUAGGUGCCUGUUUAUUGGCAGAUUUUAACAAUUUUGAACAUGAUCGAAGAUGCUGUUGUUGAUUUGUUUAAUUGCUGUCUAAUCAAUGUAUGAAAUGUGCGAGUCGUUGAAACUUUAGGCUAACGCAUUACUUUUAUUUCUAGAAUCUUUCGAAAAUUUAUCUAGUCAGUCAAACACUUUACACUUUACAUAACUAAUAUCAACAUUGAAGUAUGCAUUUAGUGAUUCGAUUCUUUUUCUGAUACUGUUUAUAGCUCAUACAUUGUAUCUUCUGAAUACAAGGAGCUCUUUUAGUUAUUUUGUACAUUCCAAUAAAAAUAAAGUAGUUUU